AUGGUUUCAAUUGGUUCGGGGAUUGCAAUACAAGAAUUGGAGGUCCCACAAUUGGACGUGUAUUACGUUGACCGGGGAAAUGACGAUGGAUUAAUCGGUCCCGCCAUUAACGGUAGUGGUGCUUUCAAAGUUUGGUCGGCUAAUAAAUUAACCGACUCGGAUGAUCCGUAUACGAUUGAUUAA